CCGUCUUCUCCAAAAUCGAUACUUUUCUUCGUGUCACGUGAAGGUCCAUUUCCAGAUCACAAAAUUUCCAUCUGAUUUUCUUCAACAAAAACCCUAAAAGCCUUGAUUUUUCGUUUCAAUUUUGUACUCGGAGACUCCCAGACCUCAAAAGGCUUGAUCUUUCGUUUCUCUUAUCAAGUUUUCGCCCUCAUGAAGAAGGUGCUUCAUCGAAGUUUUAAGCCUGCGAAAUGCAAAAUUGCUUUGCAAAUGGCGGCUUCACGCCUGAAAAUCCUGAAGAACAAAAAGGAUACACAUAUUAAGCAAUUGAGGAGAGAAUUAGCUCAAUUGCUUGAGUCUGGCCAAACCCAGACAGCUAAAAUUCGGGUGGAGCAUGUGGUGAGAGAAGAGAAGACAGUGGCUGCUUAUGAACUCGUUGGUAUAUAUUGUGAACUUCUUGUUGCUCGUUUGGGUGUGAUUGACUCUCAAAAGACCUGUCCUAAUGAUCUUAAGGAAGCUGUCGCGAGUGUCUUAUACGCUUCUCAAAGGUUAACAGAUGUUGCGGAGCUCUCAGAUAUUGUUAAGCAUUUCUCUGCAAAGUAUGGUAAAGAUUUUGUUUCAGCUGCUAUUGGUUUGCAACCGGAUUCUGGUGUGAGUCGUUUGUUGGUGGAGAAAUUGUCUGUUAAAGCUCCUGAUGGUCCAACGAAGAUCAAAAUUUUGACAGAGAUUGCUACGCAGCAUAAUGUAACUUGGGAAGCAGAAUCUUUGGUUGAAUCAGAUCCCAAGGAAACCGUAUUGGCGAGUGGAGCAAGUUCCUGUCACUCUCAGUCAGCAACUGGAAUAAAGCCGGAGUCGUCAAGAAUCCGAAACAAUCAACCUCCAGAAUUUCAAGCUCCAGCUACUGUCAAUGUGUCGCAAAAUUCAUAUUCAAGUGAUGGAAGAUCUUCAAGCCGCAUGACAUCUACUGAUUUCAACGUUGGGAAGACAGCUGAUCACUAUCAUCAAGACCCAAAACCUUCUGGAGAUAGAACUGACGGUAGAGAACACAGACAUCACAAUCCAGGUCAUGGGGAUUCAUCUCCAUUCGAAACAGAAUUUGUUGAUGCAACGAGUGCUGCACGUGCAGCUGCUGAAUCUGCGGAAAGAGCGAGUUUUGCUGCACGUGCAGCUGCUGAGCUUUCAAGUAAAGAAAGAAUGAUGGCGAUGCAGAAUUCAAAAGAGUCGCGGAACUCAUCCUCAUAUGAUAAUUUAAGAAACAAUGCCCCACAUAGUCGUACUAGUAGCUCAAAUGUGCAAAGCGGAGGUUUUGCUAAAGAAGAAUUGUUAAGAAGCAGUAACAAGCAAGAAGAUCAAUCUACUACUAGAGCAGAGUCUUCUAAGAAGACUGUUGAUGAGCUAUCAGAAAAUGCUUCAUGGAGGAGAGAUCAUUCUCGGGAGAACUCAUUGGAGAUGAGGCCGAAUGAUUCCUUUGCUAAAAUAGGUAGAGAGAAGCAGCAGCCAAGUAUGGAUGAGAUAAACCAAAGCAGUUCAGAAGAUGUUCUAAAUAAGAAACAAUCAAGCCGAGCUUCAUCGCAUUCACCGUCAAGCAAUUUUUCCGAUGACAAUGAUGUCACUGCAUUGGACCAUAUCGAUUCACCAAGCAUCUUGGAGGAAAACCGAUUUCAGAGUACUGUUGGAGAUAGAGAGAGCUACAAUGACGGUCCUGAUGUUGUUGUUGCUCCGGCUUUUGAUGACUAUAGCUCGUUUUUUGACAAACCUCAAUUUGACACAGAAGAUGCUUGUCACGAUGAACCAGAACAAGGAUUAGGAUUUUCAUUGCUUGGCAGUAGCAGCAAAACAUCUGAUCAUAUGCCUACAGAAAUAAGUUCAUGGAGCUUCGAAGGACACAUUGCUCUGAGACAACCCAGCUCAGCCUCAACCUCACAGGUUCUUGAAAAGGAGAAGCCAAGUUCUCCAAUAUUUGAUGAUGGUCCUACAAGUCCUCCAGCCUCUCUGCAUGAGCCUGAGCCUGAGCCGUCUGCAAAGUUUGAUGAUUAUGACCGAGAUUCUGAAAGUGAAGAAGACAAUUUAAAAAACAAAGGAAAUAUUUCUGGACAUGUAGAAGAAAAGCCGAAGCUGAAAUCUCAGAAGCCCCAAAUGUCUGAAGCUCCUGAUGAUUUAGGACGCUACUUUUUCCCAUCAGAUACAGAAGACCAAGGAGAUGAUUCCAAGAUACAGGAAGAAUCCGACACAGAUAAUGAAACGACUCUCCCAUCUUAUGGAAUGAGUCCCCCAAAAGAGAAGACAUGGUCCAAAUCUGUUAAAGAGCAUGUCCCAACAGAGGUUGAUCCGUCGAGGUCUUCUUCUUUUCUGACAGACAGGACAGAACUUUACACUCAAAAAGCAAGCAACAUGGACAAAAGACCAAGCUCUAUACCUCCAGAUUCAUCUUCUAGUGAUGAUGAAUCAGAGGUUAAACUUCGGGAGAGAGUUUCUGCUAGAUAUCAAGAUAAAAGAGCUGAGUCAAGAACCCGGUCCACACAUCUACAUUCGCGUGUCAGCCACGAGGACUUGAAGGAAAAAAUCCCGACUCGAGCUUCUACCAGAAGUCAAGAGAGGAGGACCCACAAGACCACCCCUGCCUCUGCUUCCGCUUCAUAUUUCCAUGUAAUAUCCAGUGACGAUGAAGAUGAGAAAGAAGUCUAUAGAGAUGCUGCACGCACCCAAACCAAGCCUUCUAUUUCCAUCUCACGAAGAACAAAGGGCCAAGAGAGAAGAUCAUCUCUGGUUACUGCGAAAACUGAGACAGUCUCUCAUGAUCAAGAGUCUCCUCCAAAGCCAAGUCCUGAGGCCAAGCCACUAGCUAAGCAACAGGUAUCAGCCUCUUCUUCAAGCUAUCUUCCAAAAACUGACAAAGCUUCUCACGAUCAUGAAUCUCCUCCAAAGCUAAGUACUGAGGCCAAGCCACUGGCUAAGCAACAAGGAUCAGCUUCUUCUUUAAGCUUUCUUCCAAAAACCGACAAAGCUUCUCACGAUCAAGAAUCUACUCCAAAGCUAGGUCUAAAGGCCAAGCCAGCGGCUAAGCAACAAGGAUCAGCUACUUCUUCAAGUUCUCUUCCAAAAACUGAAAAAGUCUCUCACUAUAGAGAAUCUCCUCCAAAGUCAAGUUCAGAGGCUAAGUCACUGGCUAAGCAAGAAGGGUUAGCUUCUUCUUCAAGCUCGCUUCCCAAAACUGUGACAUCACCUGACCCAGAAACUCCAGCAAAGGAGAAAGCUAGCCAUGUUCAUCCCAAACUCCCAGAUUACGACGACAUAUUUGCAAAGCUCGGGGCUCUUCGUCGCUGAGUUUCUGCUCAUUCUUCCCGCUCUGUUGAUAUAUACAUAUUCAUUGUUUUAUUAGCCCUCAAUUCUUUUCUUUGAUUGGUUUGCUUGUAGAUUGAACUUGAAUUUCGCAUCCCGAGGAUAACUUUUUGGCCGUGAGGUAUCUCAUCUGUUUUCUGUUACAUGUUUGGCUUCCUUGUCAUAUACAAUCAGAUUAUUGUCUUUUUAGUGUAUUAUAAUGAUUGAGUA